GUAGGUACAGUGAUGUCACGGCGGCGGUGGUGCGCGGAUGGUGUUGGUGCAGAUCAGUGAGCCGAGUGGUGACAGCACCGUGUUGGGAUUGGUGAUAUGCAGGGAUGAAGCUGGGUAGAUUUGGGGCAGAAGGAAAUGCAAAGUGAGCUACCUAGUGCAUACUUAACUACAUGGAACGGAGACUAUAGGUGGAAGUGUGAACGACCCAGACAUGCCCCGGGUCGUGAGACCAGUCCGUUGAUCGGUCGAUGACGGAUCGGAUUGUCCCGAGCUCAAUUCGUGAGAGUGAUUACCGCGUUAUUAGUUCGUGAUCUUUUCGUGAUGGCUCCUGAAUAUUCCGAUGUUCGAUCGCUCGAUUAGCCUGUGAUUUGUACUUAUCGGUUGAUUUACUCGUAUUUCGUGUUAAAUACGUCAUCAGCUCGUGACGACUGGCCGGCGAGCAGAUUAAUCAGCAUUUUUUCUGUGAUAGGUUUGCGAUUGGUCCGUGAGUUCCUGUUGUGUCGCUUCGGUCUGUGAAUGUUCCGUGAUUAGUUCGUGAUCGGUCAGUGAUCCGUCCGUGUUAGUUUGUGAUCGGUCCGUGAUCAGCACGCCAGCCAUGUCUGUGUUCAGGCCGCUGAGGUCGCUACUGGUGCCGCGGCACAUGACGCGGCUCCUGAUCACCAUCACUGGCUGCGUGCUGCUGACGGUGCUGCUGAUCCAGCCGGGCCCCGGCUGGGGCGGAGGGUCCCCGGAGGGACGCCAUCGGGGCCGGCUCAUCUCCGAUCUCUGGGCGCGCGGUCUGCCCGAGCAGGCGUGGUUCGCCGGCAACCGGCGCUGCGCCCACCUGGUCACCCGGUUCACCCGGGAUCGAGAGAUGCCGCUCGUGUACCUGGCCUCGCUGCCGCGCUCGGGUAACACCUGGGUGCGGUACCUCCUGGAGGCAUCCACCGGCAUCUUCACAUGCGUCGGCGGACCCGAGUACCACCAGUACCGCAACGUCUCCAACCGGAACGCCUCGCGCACACCGGAGCAGAUCUGGCAGGUGAGCCGCAAGGGCUUCAACCAGUGGGUCGACUUCGGCUACCUGGGCGAGCUACUGAACUGGACGCAGGGCAACACGCUGGUGGCGCGCAGCCAGACCUGGCCGCAACCGUGGUCGGUCAGGGAGGCCAACCGCAUUGACGAUACCCUGCAGCACCCGCUGGCCGCGUUCCCGCCCGGACUGCCGCGACGGGCAGUGGUCAUCAUCCGCGACCCGUUCCGAGAAUUCAUCUCCUGGAAGAAGUACGACCACACACACAGCAUGGUGAACGAGGGUGAUAUGACCGAGCUGUACCACGGCCCCGAGUGGCACCACUUUGUCACCUACUAUGCGCGCGAGUGGUACGACCUGUACUCACGCUGGAUCGAGUACACCGAUGAUGUUUACAUCCUUCACUAUCACCGGCUGAUGAGCGAUACCAUGGUGGAGCUGGGCCGGAUUUUGCGCUUCCUCGAGGUGGAGCCCGACCCGGCGAGACUCGAGUGUGUGAGAGGUCACCUGGAGGGUCGCGUGCACAGCCACCGACACGGCGUGGUGCCGGACAAUGUGACCUAUCCGACUCGACUGCGGGCCGAGGUGUGGAGGCACGUCCAUCAGCUCAACCAGGACUUCAAGGCCAGGGGCUGGCAGCCGCUGCCGCUGGACAGCUACUCGUUUGCCGACCAGUUCGCGGAUAUUGGCGUGUGAAUGCCAAGACAUCGUGUCGCGUACGCUUUGCUGUCAGACACUCUGCAGGGAGCUUUUAUUCAGGUAUAGCGUGCAGAGUGGAACCCCUGCGAUGCCGGAUCCACGGUGCUGCUCAGAAAUGUCGCCAGUGAAUAGUGUGUGCUCUUUCGCUUUUGGAAGGGGAUCGGUACAGUGCGAUGCGGAUUGUCAUCAGAUCAGGAAGAAAAGAUACUUCAUGUGUAUAGUACGAAUUGAAAGACGUAAGCGACAAAUAUUAGCUGCAUGGGAGAAAGCAGCACAAUAUGAAAUGCAAAGAAAGUAGUACAUGCUAUGAAACACACUACUCUAGGGGUUAAGAUUUUAUCUGUAAAAUCUCAAGGCCUAGGUAUCUAUGAUCAUGUGCGAGUAUACCUAUGUGAUGCCAUAUAGGUGUCUCUGGUGUGAUAUUCGAUAUUAUUACUGCAGAUAAAUAUACCGGGUGGCCCAGAAAAAACGUUCCCAAUUUUAAAUCAAUAUUUCUCAGAAAGCGAUAAAGAUACAACAUUGAAACUUCCAAUAGUCAAUGCGACAUGUAUUUUAAGUGAAUGGUAUGAUUUUUAUGUUAUUCGGUCAAUUACUUUUUAAACGGUUCGUGUUUCUAGCAUGCCAUGUAAAAAUCACUUUUUUGC